GCCGAUAAAGACGGGCGAAAGGAAAAGCCUUCACCGCCAUGGAAAUUUACAGGGUUUCUUCGAUUUAUUCUAGGGUUUCUUUUUUCCAAACCAAAGCAUUCUGAAACUCUUCUCUACAACUUUUUAUAGUCGUAAUAACUGUGUCUCAAUCGCGAAAUUUACACUUGGGGGGCUUAAGCUCUCUCCUUAAUUCCCGUAGUUCUGAUUUAAUUGAAACAUCGCCGGCGAAAAGAUUUUCCGAGAAUUUCUGAUUGCAGAAGGGCUGAUUAACAUUGGUUAUAGGGGUUUCGGUUUUUCUUGUUUUCUUGAAAGGCAUAGUUAAUUAUUUCUUGGUCAGUCUGAUUUGAUAAAGCUAGGGUUUUUCUGUUUGAGACUGGUGAUUAGGAUAUGCCAGAGUUUGGUGGAUCGGGGAAAGCUUGAUUGCCGCCGAAGGCGUGCGGCUUCUCGUACUGAGGGGGGUUUUGUAUGGAAACGCGGAGCCGGAAGCGGGCGGAGGCCUCCUCAGCAGCCCCUUCAUCUCAGCCUACCACCCGUUCGAGCAAGAGAGCUCGUGUAUCUGCUGCAGCGUCAUUGUCCGUUCCCUCCAUUUCGUCAAUCUCCACUCGUUCCCGCCAGAAUUCACGGUCCCAAGAGUCAUUGGCAUCGGCUGCUCCAAUGGAUUCCAACAUAGAAUCUUCUGGUUCUGCUGCCCGCCGCGAAUCAUCCGGCCGCCGUGGUAGGAACCAGGGUUCAGAGAGAGACAAAGAUUCGGAUAAAGGGAAAGAAAAGGAGACUGAAAUUAGGGUUAGGGACAGGGACAGGGACAGGGAUAGGGAUCGGGAUAGUUUAGGGUUGAGUAUAGAUGGUGGUGGCGGUGGGAUUGAUGAUGAUAAUGAUAGUGAGGGUGGUGUUGGAAUUUUGCACCAGAAUCUGACUUCUGCGAGCAGCGCUCUCCAAGGCCUUCUUCGGAAACUUGGGGCUGGGUUGGACGAUCUUCUGCCUUCUUCUGCUGUUGUAGCAACAUCAUCCUCUCAUCAGAGCGGGCGGCUUAAGAAGAUACUUUCUGGUUUGCGUGCGGAUGGAGAAGAAGGGCGUCAGGUUGAGGCCUUAACUCAGCUCUGUGAGAUGCUCUCUAUUGGGACCGAGGAGUCGCUUAGCACAUUCUCUGUUGACUCAUUUGUGCCUGUUCUUGUUGGGCUUCUUAACCACGAGAGUAAUGCUGAUAUUAUGCUGCUAGCUGCCAGGGCGCUUACCCAUCUUUGUGACGUUCUACCAUCGUCCUGUGCUGCUGUUGUUCACUAUGGUGCUGUUUCGUGCUUCUGUGCACGGCUGCUUACCAUCGAGUACAUGGACUUGGCUGAACAGUCUCUUCAAGCUCUUAAGAAGAUUUCCCAGGAACACCCAACUGCUUGCUUGCGAGCAGGUGCACUUAUGGCAGUGCUAUCGUAUCUUGACUUCUUCUCUACAGGAGUUCAGAGGGUUGCAUUAUCUACUGCUGCAAAUAUGUGCAAGAAACUUCCAUCAGAUGCAGCUGACUUUGUGAUGGAAGCUGUACCUCUUCUUACAAACCUUCUUCAGUAUCAUGAUUCAAAGGUUUUGGAGCAUGCUUCUGUCUGCUUGACUCGAAUUGCGGAGGCAUUUGCCUCAUCUCCAGAUAAAUUAGAUGAACUGUGCAAUCAUGGACUGGUAGCACAAACUGCUUCUCUUGUUUCUAUCAGUAAUUCUGGAGGCGGGCAAGCAUCCCUAAGCACAUCUACUUACACGGGUUUAAUCCGCCUUCUUUCAACAUGUGCAAGUGGGUCUCCAUUGUGUGCCAAAACUCUGCUUCUCCUUGGUAUCAGUGGCAUUCUGAAAGAUAUUCUUUCUGGGUCCGGUCUAGUUGCAAGCAUUUCUGUUUCACCUGCUUUAACCAGGCCACCAGAGCAGAUAUUUGAGAUUGUGAACCUUGCGGAUGAGCUUCUUCCCCCACUGCCUCAAGGAACCAUUUCCCUCCCAACCAGCUCAAAUUAUCUAGUGAAAGGCUCUGCUGGAAAGAAAUCUCCUGCCAGUAGUUCUGGGAAGCAAGAAGAUGCAAAUGGAACUGUCAAUGAGGUUUCAGUCCGUGAGAGGUUAUUGCAUGAUCAACCUGAGCUCCUGCAGCAAUUUGGAAUGGAUCUUCUUCCUGUUCUGAUACAGAUCUAUGGAUCUAGUGUGAAUGGUCCAGUUCGCCACAAAUGUUUGUCGGUUAUUGGAAAACUGAUGUAUUUUAGCACAGCAGAUAUGAUUCAGUCUUUACUAAGUGUAACAAACAUAUCAAGUUUCUUAGCUGGUGUUUUAGCGUGGAAAGAUCCACAAGUAUUGAUUCCUGCCCUUCAGAUAGCCGAGAUUCUUAUGGAAAAGCUUCCUGAAACAUUUUCUAAGAUGUUUGUGAGAGAGGGGGUGGUUCAUGCUGUUGAUACACUUAUAUCAACUGAUUCUUCAAAUACAGCUACUGUCCAAUCAUCUUCUGUUGAAAAAGAUCAUGAUUCUGUACCUGGAACAUCAUCACGUUCCAGGCGCUAUCGGCGACGCAGUGGUUGUUCAAAUGCAGAUGUAAAUUCCUUGGAAGAAUCAAAAAGUGUUAUACCUGGCAGUGUUGGUUCACCGCCAGCAUCAGUAGAAAUCCCAACUGUUAACUCUAGUCUUCGCACAACCGUAAGUGCUUGUGCAAAAGCUUUUAAAGAUAAAUAUUUUUCGGCAGAUAGCAAGGCAGCUGAAGUCGGUGUAACUGAUGACCUUCUAUGCUUGAAAAACCUAUGCUCGAAGUUGAAUGCUUGUGUUGAUGAUCAAAAGACUAAAUCAAAGGGUAAAUCAAAGGCUUCUGGCCCUCGCAUAGCUGACCUUUCAGCUAAUACAGAGGAACACUUGAUUGGAGUGAUAUCUGAGAUGCUAGCAGAACUGAGUAAAGGAGAUGGUGUUUCCACAUUUGAGUUCAUUGGUAGWGGAGUUGUUGCAGCUUUGCUGAACUACUUUUCUUGUGGAACCUUUUCCAGGGAGAGAAUAUCAGAAGCUAAUCUGCCUAGGUUUCGACAACAAGCACUUAAAAGAUUCAAGUCUUUUAUUUCUGUUGCUCUUCCUGCUGGUGUUAAUGAAGGGAAUGAAGCUCCUAUGACUGUCUUGGUUCAGAAGCUUCAAAAUUCCCUAUCUUCUUUGGAGCGUUUUCCAGUUGUACUGAGCCAUUCCUCUAGGUCAUCCAGUGGAAGUGCACGUCUCUCAUCAGGGCUGAGUGCAUUGGCUCAGCCAUUCAAGCUACGUCUUUGUAGAGCUCAAGGAGACAAAUCUCUUCGUGAUUAUUCGUCAAACAUUGUGUUGAUUGAUCCCCUUGCAAGUUUAGCUGCUGUAGAAGAAUUUCUUUGGCCAAGAGUUCAGCGAGGUGAACCUGCACAGAAACCCUUGGCAUCUUCAGGAAAUUCUGAGCCUGGUACUACACCUGCAGGAGCUGGUGCUUCAUCACCAUCUACAUCUACACCUUCUUCCACUCGUCGCCAUUCCACCAGAUCCAGAUCAUCGGUGACUAUUGGAGGUGCACCUAGGAAGGACCAGGCUCAAGAUAGUAAUGCAAGCUCUUCAAAAGGAAAGGGCAAGGCUGUUCUGAAAUCUGCUCCAGAUGAGACAAGAGGACCUCAAACAAGAAAUGCUGCACGCAGAAGAGCAGCUUCAGACAAAGAUGCCCAAAUGAAACCUGCCCAUGAGGACUCUAGCUCUGAGGAUGAGGAGUUGGAUGUCUCUCCAGUUGAGAUCGAUGAUGCAUUGUUGAUUGAAGAAGAUCUGUCAGAAGAUGAUGAUGAUGACCAAGAAGAGGUGUUAAGAGAUGAUCCCCUUGGCAUGGCAGAGAAAGUACAUGACGUGAAAUUGGGAGAUUCAGCCGAGGAUGGUGCAGCUGCCCCUGCAACCAGUGAUAGCCAAACCAAUCCUUCUUCUGGUUCCAGCAACAAAGCUUCCACAGUUAGGGGCAUGGAGUCUUCUGAUUUUAGGGGUGGAAGCUCAUUUCGUUCAAAGGGUGCACUGUCAUUUGCUGCGGCCGCUAUGGCUGGGCUUGCAUCUGCAAGUGGUAGAAGUAUCAGGGGUGGCAGGGAUCGACAUGGACAUCUUUUAUCUGUUUCCUCAAAUGAUGCAAAAUUGAUAUUUUCAGCGGGUGGCAAGCAACUCAACAGACAUUUAACUAUAUAUCAAGCCAUCCAACGCCAGCUUGUACAGGAUGAGGAUGAUGAUGAGAGGUAUACUGGCUCUGAUUUUCUGCCUGGUGAUGGAAACAGGCUUUGGAGUGACAUUUAUACCAUCACGUACCAGAGGGCGGAUAGGCAAAAUGAUAGGACUUCAGCUGGAGGUUCUGCUUCAACCACGCCAUCCAAAUCUGUCAAGGCCAGUUCUGCUUCCAACGCCACUUCUGAAUCUUCAUGGCAUCAAACCUCUCUUCUGGACAGCAUCUUGCAGGGGGAGCUUCCAUGUGAUCUAGAAAAAUCUAACCCAACUUAUAACAUAUUGGCAUUGUUGCGUGUAUUGGAGGGUUUGAAUCAGCUUGCACCUCGUUUACGAAUCUUGGCAUUAUCAGAUAUUUUCUCAGAGGGGAAAAUUUCUAGUGUGGAAUUGAGUUCAGCUGGUGCCAAGGUUCCUUACGAGGAGUUCAUCAAUGGCAAGCUCACUCCUAAAUUGGUUCGGCAGAUCCAGGAUGCCCUGGCACUGUGUAGUGGUAGUCUUCCUUCAUGGUGCUACCAAUUGACCAAAGCUUGCCCAUUCUUGUUUCCUUUUGAAACUAGGAGACAAUUUUUCUAUUCUACUGCUUUUGGGCUGUCUCGUGCGUUGCAUCGACUGCAGCAGCAACAGGGUGCUGAUGGUCAUGGCUCAACAAAUGAGAGAGAGGUGCGUGUUGGGAGAUUACAGCGCCAGAAGGUCCGUGUCUCAAGAAACCGUAUCUUGGAUUCUGCAGCAAAAGUUAUGGAGAUGUAUUGUAGUCAAAAGGCUGUCCUAGAAGUAGAAUAUUUUGGUGAGGUUGGCACAGGGUUAGGUCCCACACUUGAGUUUUACACUCUUUUAAGUCAUGACCUGCAAAAGGUUAGCCUUGGAAUGUGGAGGUCUAAUGCUUCAGCAGAUAAGCCAGCAAUGGAAGUAGAUGCAGAUGAACAGAAAAACAGAAAAGCUGAUGAUACUUCAGACGAAAAGAAACUUGAAUUGGACUCUGCUGCAGGUGACAGAGAUCUUAUACAUGCUCCUCUUGGGUUGUUCCCUCGCCCAUGGCCUCCUAAGACAGAUGCUUCUGAGGGUAGCCAAUUAUCUAAAGUGAUAGAAUAUUUUCGGCUUCUUGGACGAGUGAUGGCAAAAGCACUUCAAGAUGGACGGCUUCUUGACCUUCCAUUAUCAACAGCAUUUUACAAGUUUGUGCUUGGUCAAGAGCUUGAUUUGCAUGAUAUUCUUUCAUUUGAUGCCGAGUUUGGGAGAAUACUACAAGAAUUGCAAGUCCUUGUUUCCCGGAAGCAGUAUCUAGAAGCAAUGGGUUGUAGUGAUCAAAUUGCAGAUUUACGUUUCCGUGGCACUCCAAUUGAAGAUCUUUGUCUGGAUUUUACACUUCCUGGUUAUCCAGAUUAUGUAUUAAAACCAGGGGAGGAAAAUGUGGAUAUUAAUAACUUGGAGGAGUAUAUAUCCUUGGUAGUUGAUGCAACUGUCAAGACUGGAAUUGUACGACAAAUGGAAGCUUUCAGAGCAGGGUUUAAUCAGGUCUUUGACAUUUCGUCUCUGCAAAUAUUUUCUCCUGAUGAAUUGGACCACUUGCUAUGUGGCCGUAGAGAGUUGUGGGAGGCUGAGACUCUGGUUGAUCAUAUAAAAUUUGACCAUGGAUACACUGCCAAGAGCCCUGCAAUUGUCAAUUUACUAGAGAUAAUGGGAGAAUUUACACCUGAACAGCAGCGUGCCUUCUGCCAGUUUGUAACUGGUGCACCCCGGCUUCCACCUGGUGGUUUGGGCGUACUGAACCCAAAGCUGACAAUUGUGAGAAAGCAUUCUUCCACCACAACAAACACGGCAUCAAAUGGAACAGGGCCUUCUGAAUCAGCGGAUGAUGACUUACCUAGUGUCAUGACUUGUGCUAAUUACCUCAAACUUCCUCCCUAUUCAACUAAGGAAAUUAUGUACAAGAAACUACUGUAUGCCAUCAGUGAAGGGCAAGGGUCCUUUGACUUGUCUUGAGCCUCCAUGACUAACCAAUCCAUUGGUAUAUAUAAUUAUCUUGACACCACCAUUGGGGGGGUGGGGGGUGGGGGGUUGGGUUGCAUUGCAGUACCAUUCAUGGGCUAAUUUUGGUUUAGGAAGUUCAGCCCAUUUUCUACUUGAAGAAGAAACAUCUUCCCUGUUCCAUUCCCCUCUUUUUCAAGAUUUACCAUGGCAUGCCAUGUUGUAUCUCGUUGGAAUGGCGGGAAGUGGUGGGUUUCUCUGCAUUUUUUUUCUUAUUCCCCUUUCUUCUGUUCCUGUAAAUUCUCAAUUCACCUUGCACCGUGGCCCACCAGCACAAGUUUUAUACUUUCACCUUUUGCUUCCUUAAUUAAUUCUUCAAUAAUAUAAUAUUAGUUCUUCAUGAAGUCUGGUUCAGCUUUGACCGACUAGUACUUUUAAAAUGAUGUUCUGAAGGGGGAGAUUCCAGGGGAUCUUCCUGCCGCUAUUGUUUGUAAAUAAAAUGAAUCACCUCAGUUUUCAUUUUUAUGUUUUUAUGUUUUUGUUAUUAGUUUCUUCCCAAGCAUAUAAAUGUAUGGACAUGAAAAGACUAGUUAAAAGAAAUGCUUAACAUUGUUUAUGUC